CCGUCACUAACAACCGCUUUCGCGAGUGCCUGGUGCAGCCCCUAACACGGUGUGAGCCACCCCAGUGCCACCGGCCAGCCCCAGGCUCUCGUGGGAGCUGUGUGCUGGCAAUUCAGGGAGCGUUGCCCAUGGGCUGCACCACGCGGUGCCACAGCCGAGCCCUGGAGCUCAGAGGCACAGCUUGGUGCAGGGGAGGGUUUGGCUGCCCACCCCCCCAGAGACCUCAGUAAGCCUGCUCGGCAGGGAGCUGGCACAUCCCACCAUGCGGCUGCCACAGAGAUUAGCUGGUGACACUUAAAACGUGCUGUGACGCCCGGCGAGGUGACGUGCAGAAAGUCAGAGCCCCCGUGGGGAGCGGUGACGGGGCUCUAUGUAUAUACCAGCUCGCUCACCAGCUCCACAUGAGGAGAGGUCCGGGCCAGGCGGGCAGAGCGCUUUCGUCUCCCACAUUUGGGGUUUGCUGUAACCAGGGUGCAUCUCUGUGUCCCCCCGCCACUUUUUUGGCUACUGGGGAGCCUGGAAAGGAUGCAUGUCCUCAUCCCUGGGGCUGCUACUGGCUGCAAAUAGGGGCUGUUUCAUAUAGCAGCCUCCUGUCCCCCUGGCAUGGAGUGAUGGUCCCGGUGGGUUUUCCCAGCCCCUGUGGCUUUUCUGGCAGCGAGGCUCUGCGGCAGGCUGAAAUGCGCUCCUCUUGUUUGUCUGACCCUCAGGUCAAGGACGAGGACAAGUCUUUAGCUGUGAAAAGACCUGGGAAGGAGGAUGGGGCUUCAGAGAGCGUGAAGGAUACAGCAUCUGCACCCCCAAACCCUGAGCCCCCGAGUCCUGAGCCCCCGAAGAGCCCUGAGCCACCCCCAGGGCGAGGGAAGAGCCCGGAGCCGGUGCUGAACGGGGCAGCAGUGAACGGGCUGGAGGGUCCGGCCGCCGAGGGCCAGGGGGAUGACGGCCAGGGGCUGUCCCGCCGCAGGGUGGUCCGGGUGGUGCGCAAGGUGGUGCGCAAAGUCCUGCCGGGGGAGGAUGCUGGCAGUGCCAAGGAGCCAGGGCGAGACACCAAGUCUCCCGAGCCAGUGCCACCUCCCAGGAAGGAGGAGACGGGUCGUUCCGCCAUGCCAGCUCCCCCUGCUGCGCCACCUCCCCCCACCGUGCCGGUAGCCCCCGCCAAGCCAGAGCCCAAGGAUGAGAUCUCAGCUGGGCUCAAAACCCUCAUGGCAAAGGGCAAAACCAAAGAGCACCGGCCACGGCUCCGGCCAGGGGACAGGCAGGAGAAGUCCCCUGAGCCGGCCAGGGGGGAUGCGAAGCCGUCCCUGUCCCCGGGCACCAAAGCCAAACCGGAGCCGCUGGUGCAGUCUUCAGGAGGGAAAGCGGAGCCGGCAAAGGCAUCUGCUCUGAAACCCACUGCCCUGGAGAGGCACAAGGUACCAGUGUGUGCACGGCGGGGGAUGCUCUAACACGGCGGCAGGGUUGUGCCACCCGGCUCUGCAUGGUGUGAGCUCACCCGCAUGGUUUGCAGUGGUUUUGGGGUGUGUGGUGCCGGGCAGGGAUCACUUUGGGGAGCAGUUGUGUGUGCUGUGGCCGCCCCAUCACGUUGCCCCUUGUCUCCCUUUCUGGCUCGUGCG